AUGCUUGAUCGACUUUUUAAAAGUAGGUGCCCAAUAUCAAAUGUUCUUGCUAAUCGUUCAAUGACUACAGCAGCGAUGACACACAAAUUUGAAGUGACAGAGCACCAAUGGACAGAUGUAGAAACGUUAAUAAAAUUGCUUAAACCUCUACAAAUUAUGACCACUGUUUUUUUUGAGAAAAAUAUUGUUCGAGUUCAAUGGCAAAUAGCAUCUUUUCUCGACCCAAGGUUCUUAGAACAUGAAACGGUUAAAUCAAGAGAGGAAAUUCGGACACGGGUUAAAAAUUUGAUCAACGAAAUGGCUGAAAUUAAUUGCGAUGUGCAAUUUGAAACACCUGUAACUAAACAUCACGGUGCUCUUGAAUUUCUGUUUUGCGAUGAAACACUUGCAACAGAAUAUCCACUAAAUGUUGCUUUGGCAAGGAAAUAUUUAGGGAUACCAACAACAUCAGUAAGUUCUGAAAGAUGUUUCUCAACCUCUAGAAACAUAGCGACGGCCAAGAGAAGUUGUUUGGCGCCCAAGACGGUAAACAUGCUGAUUUUUCUUUAUCAAAACAAACAAUUAUUAUAG